UGGUCGACAACUGCAACAAGUGAAAGCCUUUUACUUAUACUGUAAUGGAAGAAAGUUAUUGAAAAUGUGUGAAAUAAAGUGAUUAAUAACAACUGAUAUUAAAAUAUAUUCAAACUAACCAUUUUGGCUUCCAAAAUGGCUACUAAAUUCUUGAAGAAACGGGAAGUAGCUAAGCUUGUUACUGAAAACAGGCAGCCUUGUGUUUUCUGCAACCAGGAUGUGGACGAUGAAGUGAUUUUCGGCAAAUUAUACUCUUAUGGUGAUAUACAAUGUCAUUACUUCUGUGUGCUGUUAUCCUGCUGCCUGGUGCAAAAGGGCCGGGACACGGAAGGCCUGUUUGGUUUCCUGUACAAGGACAUACUGGCCGAGGUGGAGCGCAGCAAGAAACAUAAAUGCUCGUACUGCGGGCGCGGCGGCGCCAGCCUGGGGUGCUCGGUGGCGGCGUGCCGCAAGCAGUUCCACCUGCCGUGCGGCCGACAGAAGAAUGCUGUCUCGCUCUUCUACGGCAAUUACAAGUCGUUCUGCGAGCUCCACGCUCCGAAGCAGAAGAUAUCAGACGACGUAAUGGCCAAGGCCAAGGAAAGGAUGAAGAUUGAGAAACUAAAGAAGACGGGCAAGAUAUCUGUCAGCGGUGAAGGAAACCAACAGGCCGAGAGUGCUGAAGACCCGGCUAUGGUGUGCGUGAUUUGCUAUGAGCCGGUGCAGGCGUACCCGAGCACGCAGACCUUCUGGCCGCCGUGCUGCGGCCGCGACGCCUGGCUGCACCGCGCCUGUCUCCAGCGAAUGGCACUAAGCGCGGGUAUGCACUACCUGAAGUGCCCGCUGUGCAAUGACAAAGACAACUUCUACGAUGCGGUCUGCGAGCAAGGAUACUAUCUGCCGGACCGGGAUGCAGCUUGGGAGUUGGAGCAGAAUGCAUUCGCUGAGAUAUACCACCGGGACGCGUCGUGCGCUGCGGCGGAGUGCAAGUGCCCCUUCGGCCGGAGCCACGACGACCAAGGCACUUGGGAUAUAAAGCUGUGCCUGCUGUGCGGCAGCUGGGGGUUGCACUCGGGCUGCGGGGCCGCGCGGCGCGCCCUGUGCCCCGCCUGCGCGCCCGCCGCGCGGGACGUGGAGCGCCUCGAGGCGCGCCUCGCCGAAGUGAUGCUGGCGGAGCAGGCGCAGGCGCAGGCGCGCGCGCGCAGCGGGCCCGUCAUGCCGGCGCGCAUGUCGCUGCGCCGCACCAAGGGCGGGAUCCACGCACACAGUGCUUCAAGUUCAUCACAAAGUUUGCCGGCUCACGAAACUCAAAUCAAGACUGAAUCCCGACCCACCAACCGUCUCGACCUGAACCUGAAGACCCCCCGCCGGCCCAAACUCCUCGCCCCGGCCCUCCGGGAGCUGGAGUCCAAGCUCCUCUCCCCGCUCAAGCUCCUCGAGCAGACCUGCCUGGAGGGGGGGGGGGGGGACGUGGUGCUGUCCGGGGAUGUUCUGGAGAGGAUCCGGCUGAGGUUCAGCAAGCCGAGACCGCUCAGUGCGAAGAAGAAGAUUGUCAAUGAGAUCUUGGACGACCUGUUCAAGAAUGUGUUCAAAGAGAGCCACAAGAGCAAAGACCCGCUGAGGGAGUGGAACUCGCCCAAGAAAUCCUGUGACAUCACUACCGACAUGAACCAAGAAGUGAAGGAAUUUAUGGAGCCAACACUUAACACGAAUGAAGAGGUUCAACAAAAUACAGAAGAAAAUUCAAUGAAAGUUGAUGAAGACGGUGAAAAUCAACAUGAAAAUAGAGAAGAAAAAUCUGAUAUACUUGAUGGAAACUCGAGUGACAAAGAAAACAAUAUGAAUCAUAAUAACGAUGAUAAAAGCGAUGGCGAAUCGUCAUCUAGCACCUUCCAAUUGGCUCCAGAAUUUAUAGCUGACGGUGAAGACAGCUUGCCAAUCAUCGACACACCGAAGAAGCUCAAAAUGGUGGACAUUAAACAAGACUCCAUUGAAAUAUCGAAGAAAGAUGAGAUUGUUAACAUAGACGUACUGCAAAUAGGGAGCGACAAGGAAAAGGAGUUUGUGAAAAGCUUAGAUUUGAGUCCUGUUAAGAGUAAGAUGUUUUCGUUCAAAUUCAGUCCGUUGGACAAAGAACCUUUAAACACUGAGGUAGAUAUGGACGUUGAGAGUUUUAAAGACCAGUACCUGAACGAGGUACUGGACAAAAGUGUGAAGCAUUCGAAUGAAGAGAGAAAGAAAGAUGACUUGACUGACAGAAAAUUUAAGAAAAGAAAAUUAGAAAUGAAAGAAGUUAGUAAGAAACGAAAGAGAGACGGUAAACAGAAGGAUGGUGUGAAACAUAAGAGAAUUAAACUGAAAAUAAAAGCAUUAGAUCCGGACAAAGCAGGACAGAAGAGAACCAAGAAGAUGAAGAAAAAAAAAGAACUUGACAAGAAAAUAAGAGAGAAGCAUGUAAGAAUGAAAAUAAAGCUAAGGGAUGGAAAUAAGUCCAAAACUAAGAAAUCCAAGAAAAUUCAGGUGAAGAGUUAUAAACAGUAUGUGUUGAAAUAUUCGCCUUUACGGAGCAGUAACAUUGCUAAACCGGAGACAGAUAUUACUCCAAUGAAGAGGAAAUAUACGAAGAUGGAGAAAUCACCGUCGGACAAGCUAGUUCAGACUUCUAUACAGAGUUUCUUUAAAGUUAAAUAGACUCCGACCACGCUAAAUUUGCACUGAAUUGGCAGUAA